AAAACAAGAGUUAGAGCCUGAAAUGACUGAGCCACCCAGGGGCCCCAGUACUUUGUUCCUUUUUAUUGGGUAAGUAAUACCUAUUGGAUGCAUACCACAUUUUUUUGAUUCAUUUAUCCUUAAAGCCUGUCGAUGACUCUCUUUCACUCUUCCUACCUGGAAUUUGGGGAUAGGGUUGGGGGAAGGGCAGCAGUGGGGAAGAAGGGAGCUGGAUGGACUCCUAUUUGACAGUAGAGAGGAAGGAGGGCCCAUAUUCUGAGGCCAUACUGUGGUCCCAGCUCUUUUCCCCGGGGCAAGCCAGCCCCCUCCCCAUGUCUACUUUCCAGAGCAGUGUCUGCCCGGGGUCUGCAGCCAGAAUCCAGCUGCAGGGGGCCAGCUGUGUGUCAGCUACAUAGAUGUAGAUGACAGUCUGCGUUUCUAAAACAGAUUGACUAAUACAGGGCAGUUAGCUGCUCUCAGUCUUUACAGAGGACCUCCCCUCCAUGCCAUACACUUCAGAGGGCAAAUAAAUGGUCUGAAGGCUGAGUGUCAAACCCCCUGGCCCUAUGUGCAGGGAUCUACCAUAAAGCCCAGCAAAGAACUUUACAGUACACCUGUUCUUUUCACCUGUGGCAGGUUUUAGCAGGAAGGGAGAAGAGCUUGGCCCCUCCUUUGUCCCUCCCUUGCACACCACCACCAAACCCUGUCAUUCUUCUCUGGCCUGCUCUGUUCAUGGCAGCCUGGCAUCAGCGGUAACAAUUACUGCUUACUAAUGCUCCGACAUGCCAGGUGAAUCACAGACUUCUUGCAACAGCCUGUAAGCUGGGUGCGGUAGGGCCUCUGUUCCCAGUGAGGAAGCUGGGUCAGGCUAAGGAACUUACCCGUGGUCACCCUAAUACCUGAAGCUGGGGUUCAAGCAGAACCUGGAUUCUGAACCAUACCAUAUAGCUUCUGGUCCUUUCUGGAACUCUGAUGUCCAGAAAGCAGGGAGUAUGUGUGUGUAGACAAGGUCUAAGGACUUUGGCUGUUGAGGUGUCCCAGAGGCCAAGCAAAAAAGAACAAGAAGGUCACAUACAGUGAAGACAGAAAACAGAGCUCCUUGGAGGUCACCAAUGAUGCAAGAGUAGUUUUCUUUCUUUUCUUUUUUUAUUUUAUUAUUAUUAUUAUUUUUGCAAGGGUAGUUUUCAUGGAGUUGGGGGGUGGGCAGGAGAGAAGCGGAGAUUGAACAAAACACCCACUUACGGAGUUCUGCUGUAAAGAACAGCAGGGAGAGUGGUAGCUGGAAGGGGUGGAGGGUUGUGGGUGUUUUGUUUUGUUUUGUUUUUUAAAUGGGAAUAACACAGCUUGUUCUUCGUAAUGGAAAGGAUCCAAGAGAGGGCGCGCAGUGAGGAUGCGGGAGCAACAUCUCUGAAUGAGACUCACGGAGGGGUUGUCCCUGCACGGACAGAGCGUGGACGUUCACCCAGACACGGGCGGAUGGUGGAUGACAGCCUUGCCAACAUUCCACUGACCCCUGAGACUCAGCGGGACCAGGAGCGGCGGAUUCGGCGGGAGAUCGCCAACAGCAACGAGCGGAGACGCAUGCAGAGCAUCAACGCGGGCUUCCAGUCCCUCAAGACCCUCAUCCCCCACACAGAUGGAGAGAAGCUCAGCAAGGCAGCCAUUCUCCAGCAGACGGCAGAGUACAUCUUCUCCCUGGAGCAGGAGAAGACCAGGCUCCUGCAGCAAAACACACAGCUCAAGCGCUUUAUCCAGGAGCUGAGCGGCUCAUCCCCCAAGCGGCGGCGGGCCGAGGACAAGGACGAGGGCAUUGGGUCGCCGGACAUCUGGGAGGACGAGAAGGCGGAGGACUUGCGCCGGGAGAUGAUUGAGCUGAGGCAGCAGCUGGACAAGGAGCGCUCGGUGCGCAUGAUGCUGGAGGAGCAGGUGCGCUCGCUGGAGGCCCACAUGUACCCGGAAAAGCUCAAGGUGAUCGCCCAGCAGGUGCAGCUGCAGCAGCAGCAGGAGCAGGUGCGGCUGCUGCACCAGGAGAAACUAGAGCGGGAGCAGCAGCAUCUGCGGACCCAGCUUCUGCCCCCUCCGGCCCCCACCCACCACCCCACAGUGAUUGUGCCCGCGCCACCCCCUCCCUCCCACCACAUCAACGUCGUCACCAUGGGCCCCUCCUCGGUCAUCAACUCUGUUUCCACGUCCCGGCAAAAUCUGGACACCAUUGUGCAGGCGAUCCAGCACAUCGAGGGCACCCAGGAAAGACAGGAGCAGGAGGAGGAACAGCGGCGAGCGGUCAUCGUGAAGCCAGCCCGCAGCUGCCCGGAGGCCCACGCCUCUGACACCGCCUCCGAUUCGGAGGCCUCGGACAGCGACGCCAUGGACCAGAGCCGGGAGGAGCCAGCAGGGAACGGGGGGCUUCCCUGACCACCCCCCAGCCCUCCUUUCCCUUCCUGGGGCUGGAGGGGGCCGGGGGGGCAGCAACAGGGAGCGACGCAGGUGAACGAGUGAGGAAUUUUUACAAAAUUACGACGUCAUUUGGGUCUCUUUUAUGACCUCUUUUUCAAUACUGUAAAUCCACCUUUGAGUGAAGCCACCUGGCCUGAGGUCCCGGGGACUGGGGUGGCAGGAGCGCGUGGGAGCACCGGGACACCUGGGGCUGGGCCUCGCCCCGGAGGCUGGGGGAAGCUGACACAGCCUGGCCUAUCUCCGCCAAAAAGCAUUUUUUCAUUUCAACGUGUUUUUAAGAACAGGGAAAAUCAAACAAAGCCCCAAGGUAUUCUGCCCUCCCCAGAGCCAGCCUGAGACCGUCAGUUUUUGACUCUUCCCUCCUCUUUGUUUUUUUCCUUUCUCCUGUAAGCACUUACAUGGGUUGGGGGUCUGGCUGGGUCGGGGCUCUCUGGGGGCCCGGGAGUCUACAGUGCUUCUCGGUUGGGGUUUGCUGCUGCCCUUCUCCCCUCCCCUCCCGGCCUCGGCUCAGCACGAGGAUUUGCCACUCCCCAUCACCACCCAGCCCCACCUCUCCCUCCGGAUUUCCCAUCUUCUACCCCAAAAAUGUCUUGUCUCUCUCUUUUUGUUUUGUUUGUUGUUGGUUCUUUUUGGUUUUGGUUUCGUUUAUCUUUUUUGUUUCUUG